AUGUCUUUCUCGAUAGGCAUGCCCUGGAACGAGGGCGAAGAGAAGAUGCACCGCCUCCUCCGCAUUCCGCCUCAAGACAAUCCAACAUCAGCCAUGCUCACACCACAAGCAGCGUUCAUGUUCCAACGCGCCCCUCUGCUCGCAUUCGGGACUCUAGAUACACAGGAUCGGCCUUGGACGACACUAUGGGGUGGCGAACCUGGUUUCUCAGAGCCGCUUGGUGGAGGUUUCAACGGUACAAGGACUCUCGUCGACGGCAAGCAUGAUCCUGUUGUGCAAGCGCUCGUGGGCGGUAGCGAGAAAGGUGGGGAAAGCAAGACGACUCAGGCGAAAGACGGUGGGAAGCUAGUAGCAGGUUUAGCCAUCGACCUGAUGACAAGAAAGAGAGUCAAGACCGCCGGCCGCAUGGUCGCAGGGACGAUAAAAGACGUCGAAGUCGAAAUAGAAGGCGAAGAGAACAGGAAACAAACACAACUCCAACUCGUCACCAAGAUCGAGCAAAGUCUCGGGAAUUGCCCAAAGUACCUCAACCAAUACGAAAUCCGACCCGCGCUUUUAGACCCAGAACUGGUGUCGCAAGGCUCGUCGUUGUCUGAAGAAGGAACAGCGCUGAUAUCGAAAUCCGACAUGUUCUUUCUCUCCACCAGCACAGAAGAUGACAUGGAUGUUAACCACCGCGGAGGUCCACCGGGCUUCGUCCGAAUCGUGUCUCCAACUACCCUCGCCUAUCCCGAGUAUUCUGGGAACCGGCUUUACCAGUCCCUCGGCAACCUCAUGCUCAAUCCGAAAAUCGGGCUCACGUUUCCAGACUACGAGACUGGAGAUGUGCUGUACAUAACAGGCGCGACCGAGAUCCUCGCUGGCACAGACGCCUCCGCCCUCCUCCCAGGCAGUAAUCUCGCCGUUAGAAUCGAGAUUGAGGAAUGCCGGUACGUAAAAACCGGUCUACCAUUCCGCGGAACAAAGAAAACACCAAGUCCCUACAACCCACUCGUCCGCACACUAGCUACCGAAGGCAACAUCCGCGGCGCCCUCUCCUCUUCCAAUUCCCCCUCCACGCGCCAAACAGCCCUUCUCACAAAGAAAGAGAUCCUCACACCCACCAUCGCACGCUUCACUUUCUCCGUCGAUGGCGGCCUCACAUACCGCGCUGGCCAAUGGAUCGCGCUUGAUUUCAGUCAAGAGCUCGAUGUGGGGUAUGAGCAUAUGCGGGACGAGGAUCCGGGGAGUUUGAACGAUGAUUUUGUUAGGACGUUUACGAUUUCUUCGGCACUGGCACGGGAUGGGGGGGAUGGGGAUGGGGAUGGGGAGGGAGAUAAGGAGAAGGAGAAGGAGUUUGAGAUUACAAUCAGAAAGGUGGGUGCUGUGACGGGAUUUUUGUUCCAGCAGAAUGAGCGGGCGGGGUUGGAAGUGGGUGUUUUGGGGGUGGGAGGGGAGUUUAAAGUCGAGAGUGCUAGGGAUGGGGAGGGGAAAAACGUUUUUGUGGCUGGGGGUGUGGGUGUCACUCCUCUUUUCGGUCAGAUCGGUGGGCUGGAUUUGCAAAACGGCGGGUUCAUGUUGCUGUGGGCGGUGAGGGGGGAGGAUGUGGGGUUGGUGCUGGAUACAUUCAAGCGGUAUCCUGGGCUGGGGAAGUGUGCGAAGGUGUUUUUGACUGGGCGGGCUGUGGAGGUUGAGCUUGCUACGAUGAGAGAUGAGAUCAAGGCGCAGGCGGAUGUGGUGGAGAGGAGGAUGAUGAAGGAAGAUGUACAGCAUAUGCAGGCUGAGACGUGGUAUGUGUGUGCUGGAAAGGGGAUGAGGAAAGAGGUUACGGGGUGGCUUGAGGGGCAGAAAGUAGUGUUUGAAGACUUUGAUUAUUGA